UUUUCAUCAAGUCCUAUUCGGGGAGGAACAAGAGCUUAUAGUCUGGGAAGUAUAACCAGCCCCACGUUUCCAGAGGGGUCUCCUGCACACAAUGGUUCUCCUACUUUUUCACCAAUUGCUUUUCACAUAAGAAAGACACCACUGUCAGACCAAAGAAAAUUUGCAUUUUGUUCUCCAGAUAUUCCUCCUUCCUCCAAUAGAAUGACACCCUCAAGUACAAGAAGUCCUUACAUAGAUGGGUGUUCUCCAAUUAAAAAUUGUUCUCCUAUGAGGUUUGGAGCAUGUAGAGGAACUGCCCAGUAUCAGACUUCUGUCAUUAGAAUCCCGAUCGCGGUGGAGAACCAUGGCGAGGAUGAGGAAGACAAGGAAAACGCUUCCCCGUCCGAAGCACGCUUUCCAGAAAUGGGUAAUGAAAUACACUUAGGUCAGCAAGAUGGUGAUACUUUUGCACGUGGUGCGCAUCUCGUCGUAGCAACUGUGUCUAUUACGCCAGAUCGCUCCGAAGCUUGUCGUCCAAGGUUGCCAUCGUUUCAGGAUAUAGAAGGCUUAAAGGAAAAUAAUACUGUAGAUAUGGCUGACGCAGCCGAAGUGUCAGAGGAAAACACUUGGAUAAAAGAAGCAGCUGGCAAUAGCAAUGCACCGAUGACCAGCUUUAUGACAGGGAUCACUUUCAGUAUUGAGAACUCCCGCAUGUGCAUGUCACCCCUUGCAGAAAGCAGUGCAAUUCCUUGUGACAACAGCAGUAUUCAGGUGGACAGUGGCUAUAACACGCAGACGGUCGGCAGCAGCAUUAUGGAUACCGCGGCGGCUGAAAGCAGUUGCCGAGAAAAUGAUGUGAAUACUAACGCCGUUCAGCAUAAAGCUCAGCUCCUUAGAACAAAGGAGUGUUCCGUUUUAAACAGUAAGGACAAUCCCUUGCCGAAAGCAAGAUCUCCGGAGAAGCAAUCCCUUUUCCAGAAAGCCAAACCACCUAGCACAGCGUUUGGUCAAAAUACAGCUUGCAACGUUUCUGCCUGGAAACAUGAAAAGGAAAAUCAAGUUCAGGGAUUUGACAAAAAUGGUAUGUAG